AUGAUCCGUUUUGGAGAACGGGUCUUGGCAUCCCUGCCACUCCUUUGCGUCGGCAAGGACUUCGCUGCUUUGGAGAUCUGGGAGGACACAGAGCUGGUCAAUGCUGAAAGCACACCAACUCCAUCUCCUGCGGCUGCUGUGCCGAAGUCAGAGCUGGCCCGCUUUGUGGAAGAAGUGCUGCUGUCCUUAAGCCCAGCAGAGCAAUCCAGGAUCAAGAUCCUGGUAGGAGAGGCGAUCCAAGGGCGCCGGCUCAAGUUGGCCAGCGUGUGCUCUGGAACGGAUGGCAUUGUUCCUACCCUGCAGGUGAUCUUCCAAGAAGCUUUGGCUUGCUUGUCGCAGAGGGUCUUGCCCACUGUUGACAGCGAGCCGGUGCCGAAGAAGCUCCCGGGCGACGUUGUGCGGCAUGUUAUGAGCUGCGACUGCGACGCCGUGGCCGAGAGGUUCAUUAAGGCGACGGUGAAGCCCGAAUGCUUUGUCAAGCAGUUGGAAGACACGGCUGAUUCCAUCGUUGUGGAUGCUUGGAGCAGCAGCUACAUGAAGAGACCAGUAUGGUCCAUACGGUAUGGUAUGAAUCGAAACACAGGUCACGCAGGAACCCGAAGCGGUCCAAGACGUGCAUUUAUGACCAUGCCGGAAAAACAAGCGAAACAUUUGAUGGUUUCGUUCGAUAUCUACGAGCAGCUCGUCCUCUUCACUGGUACGGAGUUUCAGUUGCUCACUCUUUCACAGACAUUUGAAUUUGACGUGUCGCGUGUUGUCGGAUUGAAGGAUCCUGUGCAGUCCUCCGAGAUUCCAGAUGGCAUGGAAGACUCCAACCUGAGUGAGUGCUUGAAGUCGUUCAAGAACAUAGGCUAUGCUGUCAUCUGGAUUGUGGUAGAUCCCAAGGCUCAUCAUCUCCCAAGCAGUCGCCCUCGCAUUCAUUUUCAGGGGCUGGAUGAAAUGAAACUUGGCCGCGAGGCGGCGAGCAGUCAUCUCGAGACCUUGAAGAAUUGCUGGAGCAGACUGGCUGCAGGAGUGGUCUCGGGGAGAACCUUGGAAAACUUCCUGCUCUCGGAGCAGGACGUGAAGAGAACCCAGGUGUACUCCAAGCUUUCGUCAGAAGAGGUUAUGCAUGCAGCUUCGAGCCGGGAAGUGGAUGCCCAGGGACAUGAUCUCAAGUACAAGAAGAUCCAUCUGUCCAUCUGCGAGCAGCACCAGGCCAUGGAGCUUGCUUAUGACCGUGACUGUCAGUGA